AUGAACCAGAUGACAAACCCUAUUAAACUUGUGCAAAAAGGUGAUCUGAAUUCACUACAAACAUAUCUAGUUGCUUUCCCACGCGAAGAAUCCUGUAAAAUUGUGAAUGCGCCCGAUCAACACGGAGACACUCUGGUUCAUUUUUCUGCACGGUUUCAUAGAAAGGAUAUUCUCGCCUUAUUGAUCAAAAGCUAUGGUGGAAAUACUAUGGCAGUAAACGAGCAUGGUAUUUACUUAUCUGCUGCGUCGAAAAAAACCAAAAGUCUCUCAUCAACCCUAUGUCUAGCGCAAAGUAAAUCCGGUCGAUUGCCAAUUCAUACAGCAGCAUUAUUUAAUCAUCCAGAAGUAGUUUUUUACUUUCUUGAAACUUCAAAUGAGACAAAGCAAUUUUUUCUGACCUCUGAGGAUAACGGAGGAGCAGAUCUCUUGCAAAAUGCGGUAAUUUCUAAAAACUUGGAGAUGACCAAAAAGUUGAUCGAGGAAAAUAGUUGUGAUGUGAAUCAUAAAGAUAAAAUCGGAAGAAGCGCUAUCCAUCAUGCGUCAAUGAUUGGCGAUAUGAGUGUAAUUAGAUUAUUGAUUGAGUUUGGCGCAGAUUUAAAUAUUUCCGAUGAUUGGGAUAGAUGGACUCCUUUACAUCAUGCAUGUAAAGAAGGAAAUUUAGAAGUGGUGAAAUAUUUUAUAAACGAUUGUUGUGCAGAUACAAGUAUCAGGGAUAAACACGGAAGAGAUCCAAAAGAUGUUG